UUGUAGAUCGACGCCUCCAUACGUCCCCACAUCGACGAACGCCAGCGAGCAAUGAUCCGCCGCCGCGACACUUCACCCCUUGAAGUCAACGACAUCCUCGGGGAGAUCCUCCUGCGCCUUCCGCCCCAUCCGUCCUCCCUACCUCGUGCCUCCGCCGUCUGCAAGCGCUGGCGAGGCCUCCUCACUGACCCCGGAUUCUUCCGCCGCUUCUGCAAGCACCACCGGGAGCCUCCCCUCCUCGGCGUUUUCCGUUGUGAUGAUCAGACCGAGUUCACUCCUGUCCUGGCCGCUCCCGACCUCAUCCCUCCUGUUCGCCUCCACCUGCCAAACCGCGACUUGUGUGGCCGACUGCUGGGGUGCCGCCACGGCCGCGUCCUCAUCUUAAACCAGAUAAAGACAGCGGUCCUCGUGUGUGACCCCAUCACUGGCGGCCAGCACCGUGUGCCGAUUCCGCCCGAGUUCAAGUGGGGCUAUAUCUAUGGGGCAGUGCUCUGCGCCGCCAGUGACCAGGGCCACGUGCACGGCGGUUGCCACUCCACACCUUUUAAGGUGGUCUUGCUGCUUAUGCACAAUAACCAUAGUCGACCUCUCGCCUCUGUUUAUUCUUCCGUGACCAACACAUGGGGCUGUCUGAUCUCAACAAAGGUUCAAUACCCAGAUUGUUUUGGCACUUGUAUUAGCACCCUUGUUGGUAAUAUAAUUUACUGGUCGUUUCCAAAUAUGAAGGAGGGUAUACUUGGGUUUGAUUUUGAAAGGCAGAUCCUUGAUGUGCUCGAGGGGCCUCCCAGUAUGUAUCGUUCCCACAACCAUCAGAUCAUCCAGGCAGAUGAUGGAGCAGUUGGUCUCGCCAUGUUGUUUUACGAUGACCAGAAUAUUCAAAUGUGGGAGAGGAAGGUCAAUUGCCAUGGUGUUGCCUCCUGGGUGCAGUGGAAGACCAUUGAAUUGCAUAAAAUUCUUGGGCUCCCUCCUCAGGUUGUAGGAGAGAAGUCAUCAUCGGAAUUUAUACGAGGACAUGUUGAGGAUACAGACAAGAUAUUUUUAUAUGUGAAAGGCAGUAUCUAUUUGGUUCACCUUAAGUCGAUGCAAUCUAGGAAGCUCUUUGAAGCCCCCAAUAGUAUUGCUUACUAUCAUUCUUUCAGGUCUUUCUAUGCGCCAGGUGCGAGGGAGCUCGUGUCACUAACCGGCGCUGUUGAUAGGUCUUCAUCCUGCUGCUCAGCUUGGUUACAUUAAAUUGCAUGCGUGAAUGCAGUGCAGGCCCUUGAUGGUAGUGGAGCCAAUCAAAAGGUCAAAUCUGUGUUAGUCAUAUAUAUGAGGCAAAGACGAGUACUGGUGUAUAUAUAUCGUUGGUACACCCUUCAUCUAGGUGUGCAAGUCACCUUACGAAAACCAAAUAAUUUCAAAACACUUAGGCACGGUACAUUAACUUCCUUCUCGUUUUUUAUUUCAUGACAUAUCAACGAAUGGGAGAUGUGGGCCGUGCUUGCUUUCAAUAAC